AUCGGACGCGUUUUCAUAUGUUAGGUAGAGUGGAUUUUCGCUCAAGGAUUACGACAUGGUGACUAAAUCCCAAAUCCCUGACACUUGAGAAGGUGGUGAGUGCACCCUGUCGCUCUCAGACUACUUCAGUUCUUUCAAGAAACAUUGGACCUGUCUCAUAUCAUGAGCCUCAUAUGGAUCCUGGCCAUAGUUCUUUUUCUGAUAUGUGUUUUGGCAAGCCUGUGGCUAUUGCGGGCCUGGUGCCAUGGACAAUCUGCAGGAUCCACUAUCAAAAAGCGUCUGGACGGUAAGGUAGUCGUCAUUACGGGUGGAAAUGGAGGCAUAGGAAAAGAAGUAGUGCGGGAUCUCGCAGCCCGUGGAGCACGGGUUUUGAUGCUCUGUCGCGAUUUGACCAAAGCAAAUGGAGUGGUUGAAGAGUUCCAACAGCUUGGGUGGACGAUCGAGGUCAGGAAAAUCGAUCUCGCAUCUUUGGCCUCUAUAAAGACUUGUGCCUUGGAUUUACUCCAAUCUGAACCUGUGAUUGACGUUCUUAUCAACAAUGCAGGUGUGAUGAUGACAUCUUCAACCAAAACCGAGGACGGGUUCGAUCUCCAAUUGAUGGCCAAUCACUUGGGUCACUUUCUUUUAACCGAGAUGCUGAUGCCACUGCUUCACAAAAGUGCUCAAAUGGGACACCAGCCACGCAUCAUUAUCUUGUCAAGUGUGGCUCAUGCAUGGGGAUCUAUUCACUGGGAUGAUCUCAAUUGGGAACGAACCAGAUACAACAGCCUCCAAGCGUAUGCCCAAUCCAAAUUGGCCAAUAUUCUGCAUGCCCAAAAGUUGGCCAGGGUGCUUGAUGGGUCCGACGUAACCGUGUUUUGCGUUCAUCCCGGCAUUGUGGACACGAAUCUAAUCAAGCAUUUGGAAAUGUCGUUCUUCAUGAGAUGCAUCUCGCCUUUGGCUCGGUGGAUUAUCAAAAGUCCAGCACAAGGAGCGGAAACGACGCUUUUUUGCGUACUUGAGGAUUCCAUUUUGGAUCGUAGUGGUUCCUAUUUCGUGGACUGUCGAGAACAAAGACCUCACUCAAGGGCAUUGAUGGAAGAUGAUCAAGAUAGACUUUGGAUUGAGAGUAUGCGAUUGAUUGAAUCCGCUUGAUAUU